CACCAGGAGUUCAAAGUUUUGAUCCUUUCCUUUGCUGUCUUUGUUGUCGUCGCUUCAGGAGCGACAGUUUAUAAAAGUGGAGAAGAUGAGAAAAAGGUAAGGUGACAAGCCGAUACAUUUUGAUGUACGUAUUACUUUUCGAAUUUCAUUCCCGUGAUGGUGUAUCGGCGUUCAAAACCAAUGAUAUUCUACAGCAGGCUAAGUUUUCUGCAUUAGUCACUUGAAAAGCAAGGGAGUUACUUGUGCUAAUUUCAAAAUGCUGUUAAGAGAAAUCGAGCAUCUUAAUUUUCCCUCUAGAGAAUCGACACUCCUCCACGUCACGAAUCCUAGUCAACCUCGUCCCCAGGGCUUUUCCCUUCCCAUCCAUUUUUUAAGGGAAAAGCCCUGGGGACGAGGUUGGAAUCCUAGUCAGCAUUAUUAACCGGUGGGUGACAAAAAUCUUAAGCUUCGGAAUGGCUAUUUCGAAAAUAAUAGCCGCUUAAAAAUCCUAUGAUAGUCUCUGUUGUUCUAAACAAGGCGCCGGAUUUCUAACGAGUUCGAUUUCUUCAUCAGUGAAGAUACAUUUCAAAGUUAACUGUGAUGUUCUCGUUUGCAAUUAUUUGAAAUUCUUUAUUUUAAAAUUCUUGCAAGGCCUCGUAGCGUUCCAAAUAGGUGGAAUGGUUAACACUCAGUGAUUAUGAUUGCUUACUUUUUUUACCUUGAACGAUAAGGUUUCGGAGUACAAAGUUAAAGUCAAGGAUGGAGACAAAGAUCUAGACGAAACUAUUAAAAUUGACACCAAAAAGGAAACAGAAACCUUUCACAUCGCAAGUAAUGGCGACACCAGCCCCGAUGCCCCUGGAGAGGUCGAUGUUGUUUACGAUUUCAAACAGGUGAGUUUGUAGGUCAGAAAUUGAAAUAUGGCAUAUUCCCUUCCUUUUCCUUUUUUUACAUUCUCUCUUUCCUUUACUUUCGUCCUUCCUACCUUCCUUCUUUUCUUUAUUCUUUAUUCUGCGUCGUCUUUUCAGAAUGGCCUACUUUUACUGCUCUCUUUCUCUCUGAUUUCGCGCAUUUAAGCCUUGUUUAUUGACAAUGCACCCCUUGCGCGUGUAAUAAUAUUUUUUAAAUGGUUGCUGCCAAGUAAAUAUGUGACUGUUUUCCUUUUGUCUUUUGGUGUAGAACAUGGCAAUGCACCGAAUGUCCAAUCAGAAAGCUUGUUUUCUGAGCGACUCUACUGACAAUCUACCAAAACCAGCUGACCUUAAGAAAUUACUUGAAACGGUAAGUACAUUCUCAGAAGUUGUUUGUUUAGUACCUCUGAAGCUGAUGACAUUCACGUAAUAGAAGAGAAAUAGAACACUUGCUGGGCUCUAGGGUUUUUCGGAUUCAUUAGUAUUGAUCAAUACUACCAGUUUUACCAUUGUUUCUUACAUAUUUCUCCCCCCCCCCCCUCCUUGAAUGAAUGAAUGAAUGAAUGAAUGAACUUUAUUCACUGCAAAUAAAGUUAAUUCAUUCAUUCAUGCAAUUCUACAUCUAACGAUAUUGGGACAGCUUAUUAGAUUUUAAUCACAUCGAAGGUCCUCUUUUUUGUUUAUUUUGCAUUUCCGAGGGCUAAUUUAUUUGUGUAUAGUAUUUCAGCCGUUUGCAGCAUUCGGUACUGUUUUGUAAGAUUUUUCACAAAAGUGCAAAACCUGACAUUAUAGCUUUAAAAAAUACUUUUAAAUGUUAGGGGUGAUGAAUGGUCCAUUAAAAUUUUUAACUGCUCGCAAAAUUUUCCCUUUGCUCGAUUUGCUCGCAAAAUUUAAACGAGUGAUCGCUUGCUCGUGCUCCCAAAAUUUUUGCAAUUGCUCGCAAGCUCGCUUUCUUGUCAGUAUUGCUCGAAAUUUUGUAAAUCCUUCCUUGGGUUAAAGUAAAUGUAAUUCUGUAUGGUGCUUAAUUCCUAUUCCUAUAAUAUGGCUAUCAAGUUCACUGGAAAUGCACGCGAUUAAUGACAACGAUAAAUAAUAAAUUAGCUAAUUUAGCUUAUAUGGUUAUAUUUGGUUGUUACAUAUGGUUGUUCUUCUUGUGACCUUCGCUUUCUGAUCCGUACGAACACAUGCGUGAUGAAGUGAAGCGAAAAUGUAACGUCAUUUGGCAUCAAACGCGACUGUAAUUGGUUAGAUCUCGAUAAGGUGUCACUCAAACUUCCUUCAACGAACUUGGUGCGCUCUAAAUUACAACCCCGUUUUAAAAUAUUUUCUGUUUUAUUUUAAAGAAAAGGAUUUCCAUAGCUGAAAAUAUAAGAAGUGCUUGCCGCGCUACUCCCGAGUUGUACCCUCUAAACUACUCGCUGCUCGCAAAGCUAAUUUCGUAUCUCUGCUCGUGCUCGCAAAAAUAUCGCAGUGCUCGCAUGCUCGCGAAUGCUCGCAAAGACCAUUCGUCACCCCUAAUGUUGAGCAAGAUCUAACUUUUAGGUUUUGGCAUCGUUCAUUUGGAGAUUUAUUUGUGCAGUGUGAUUAACACUAAAGGUUAAGUAAAGGGAAAAAGUUGGUAACGUGCUACAAAACUACGCAACCCUUAUUAGGGGGGCGACCAUUUAACUUUUGAGAGGAGUGGGUGGGAAAGGGUGAUUUCAAAAAAAUAUAUAUCUUGCAGACUGAUUUGGAGAGGAAAAAAUUCUUGCAAGGAAAUACCUUGCUAAUAAAAACUCCUACGCUGGAAAAAAUAUCUUUUAUGGCGUAUAAUGUUGGGAAAAAAAAUCUUAAUCCAUUGUGUGUCAGGAAAAAAAUCUAUCACUAGAAAUUUGGGAAAAAACAAAUUCUUACACAAACCAAAUUACCCAUAGCCACCCCUCCCCCCACCCACUCAAAAGUCAAAUGGUCGGCCCCUUAUUAGGAAUAGACAAGGAGCCUUUGAAGAAAAGGGUUUCUUUUGGAGAAUGAACCCAUACUCCCAUAUGAAGAAUUCAUCAUUAAUCGCGAUCAGAGAUUUGUCUCAUACAUUUUGGCGUUGACGGUAGAAAAUCCGUAGCGACUCGUAAAGAAUUUUGCUUUCUUCCCUUCAGCAAUCAAACCAGGAUAGCAGCCAGGCAGAGACACAAGGGGAGACUGAAUAUGCCGUUGUUGGUACUGUCAAUGACCGCUCGUUCCUGAGUGAUGAAAUGGCCGCCAUGUGUGCUAAGUUGCCCAUUUAUCGCAUCAAGCAGAGAAACCUC